CAAAAAAAUAGCUGAUUCAUUCAGGGAUGAAGAAAAUAAUUCAUACGUAAGUGUGGCAACAAUGUUGAGCAUGGCUUUCUUGUUGACUACAAUUAUCGUUUUACAAAAUAUGAAUUUAUAUAAUGCAGGUGAAUGUCCAAUCGACAACUGCAGACUUUGCAAAUCUGUCGAAGGGUGUUCUGUAUGCAAAGAGGGUUGGGUAGGUAGUAUGUGUCAGUGCAGUCAAAAUUGUGUUCAAGAAGGUAACGAGCUUGAAUGGUGCGGUAUACAAGGGACAUGUUUAAAAGGAUGUAUUAAUGGAAAACGUGGAAGUAUGUGCAAUGACGACUGUCUGAAAAAGAAAAUCUGCCUCAAGUGUGCUCAGUUUUCUGAACGUUGUUUGGAAUGUUCUGAUGGACUGUAUGGAAUCAAUUAUUGUGACCAGAAGUGUGAUCGGUGUAUGCCAAACAGUGAGGGGGAUAUCAAUUGUAGCAUUGAGACUGGGGAAUGUUACAAUGGGUGUCUUGAUGGAUUCUUUGGUCGCAGAUGUGACAGAAAAUGUGCAAAUUGUAUGCCAUUGUCGGAAGAUUCUGAUGUAAAAACAUGUGACACUGAUAACGGAACAUGUAACAAUGGCUGUAUUUAUGGAUAUCAUGGCAGUAGUUGCGACAAAAAGUGCGGACAUUGCUUACCAGAUAGGGAAGGUGUGGUUAAGUGUUCUAUUGACACUGGGGAAUGUAAUACUACUUGUAUCGACGGUUUCUAUGGCCAAAAUUGUGACAGAGAGUGUAGUCGGAACUGUUUUGAUUCCAAAAUAGACUCAGCUAGAUGUGAUAAAGAAACAGGAAGCUGUAUAUUUGGCUGUGUACCAGGCUGGUACGGAGAAAUAUGUGAAACUAUUUGUAGCAAUCGCUGCUCUAAAAAGUCUUGCAAUCAACUAUCGGGCCAAUGCGACGAUGGAUGUAUUACCGGCUGGUAUGGUGACAGGUGCAAUGAAACUUGCAACAGUUCAUGCUUUAAUAAAUCAUGUUCACAUCAGUUAGGACAUUGUAAACAUGGAUGUGCUGAUGGAUAUUUCGGCGAAAGUUGUGAACACGUCUGUAUUGGCAAUUGCAGGGACGAUAUUUGUGACAGACAGACGUCACUUUGUUUGACCGGAUGCGAUACAGGAUAUGAAGGGACGUUCUGUAAUGAAUCAAUGCAGACAGAUUUUGGUCCUGUUGUUAUAGGAACAGUUAGUGGUUUUGCUGGAGUUUUAACAUUAUCAAUUUGUGUUGUGAUGACUUGGUGUGCAAUAAGGUUUGCUCUCUGUGCUAAGCGCUAUCAUGCUGUAAAUGCAUCCUCCAAAGUUAAUAUUGAGCCAGUCUACGAUGAAAUUUCUGAAGACGCACACGACGACAUCAUGGAGACACAUGUCACUGCCGAGAAUUUACAUAUGGAAGUUGGUACUAACUCUCUACUUGGAACUAUGCAUGAAUGUGGGAGUAUAACAAAUAUCAACGAAACUUACGACACUCUUGCUGACAGGAGAAGUAAAACAAACAGUUACACUGAUCUUGCAUCUAUUUUAGCUAAAACGGCUGGGAACUUACAACCUCAAUGUGUGAAUGCAUUGAACCGAAAAAUCAACCCUGAAGAAUCUUACAGAGGUUACGAAACUCCAGUUUCUGUAAACACCAACACGGCGGUAUCCAGUGCAAGCACCUUAUUUGGGUGUCGUAAAAUACGAGGCUUGGGUGUUAAUUCAUUACGUUCUUCCGAAAGCGCAUGUGUCAGUGCAAGGUCUUCCAAUGAAAACCAUAAUAUUUAUGAUGUUCCCGAAACAGUCGUUGUUAGACAUACAGAGCCUAAGAAGUAUCGAAAGACAGCGUAUACCGGUGGUUGCAUUUUGAUACAAACUGAAAAGAAUUCAUUCGGAACAGACAAGAACUUGAAACACAUGCAAACUGAAGCAAUCAUAGUGAAUGAAAAUGAUAGUUGUAAUUACUUACACCCAGUAAUAUGAUAAAGUAAUAAUAAACUUUGACAAAAGUUAGGACUUUCUGUUUACAAAACAGAGACAGUUUCCUUUAGCAAUCAUGGUACUGAUUGCACGAGAUACAAAAAAAAGAUUUAAACAGGAACUUUAUUGUUUUAUCUCUCUAUAUCAUGUCUUACUUGAAUAGUUGUUUGCAUGUAUGUUUGCUUAAAAUCGCGAUUGGUUACCAAUUAUUAGACGAACAUUCAUCAAUUUAAGUAGGACUGUCCGUAACAUUCAUGGAGUAAAUAACCCAAUAAGUACACGAGUUUGAUUUCAAAUUCAUAUUUAGUAUUUUCUCUAAGGGAAUUCAAGCAUCCAGUGACUUUUUAAAUCACCACCUUCAUUGUGCUUUCCUUUUUACCCAUAUAUUACCCUGGAUAUCUCAAGUCGCUUGGACAUGUCACUUGGUCACUGUGUAUCAUUGUUUGUUUAUUUUAUGCGGCAGAAACCUCUCUUUAAAAUGUCAAAGCAUUCUAACCUCUGACAGUCAAUGUUCAUUGGAUUGUUACACGUUGUUAAAAUUGUGUUCAAGAACAUUCCUUCCUCGGGACCUUGCUCAAGAUAUUACGAUUCGUUUUCUUUGGUUGACGCUCUACUAAAAUUAUUGAAAUCAUCUUUGUUAAAAACAAAACAUAACUGCUAUGGGUGACUCUAGCUUUCCCCAUACGGCUCCAUGGUAAUUCUUCUAGCUCUGCUGGCAAGUAUGCUAGGUGGCGUGGGCGGUGUUGCAUUUUCCAUUACUGCUCAUGAACAGACUCAAUCAAACCGAGUCUGCAAUUUUCACUGUUUGCUUUGUUCUCGGUACUUCCGAGGGAUCUUCUUUCCAGAUUUUAUUCAACAUCAUUUCACUUUACCCUCCUGUAUGAUUUUGUUACCCUAUGAGGUGUUUAAACAGUAAGGGAAGUAUUCUCAGUUGAACUAAACCUUAGAUUAGCAAAUUGGCUAAAGUUUUGAUGGCCUAUAACUCUAGAAAGCUAAAGCAUUUUGCUCAUCCACUUACGACUGUGUCACUUUAGAUUGAUUACGGUCACUAUUUUCAUAUAGAACUAAGUAUCAUGCUCCAAGGAUCCCAAAAAAAAAACGAACAUCAAGAAUAGAGAUGCCUGGAUGGGUAUGCAUGAUGUGACCCUCCAACGCAUUACAUCCAUUAAGUCUGGCAAUGAUUACUAUUAAAUAUUUUUUAAAUUCUCACACUUGAUCAUAUUCUAUUUUCGUCUAUUUUUGCUUCUUCAAAAUAAAAUGAAUAAAAUUAUAGGCUUUAGUCAUUUUGUAUUAGUUAUAUAUAGUUAUAUACAAACUACUUAAAAUGAAUAUAUCAAUGAUUUUUGAAGACUAUGUACGGAUGGGAAACAUCACAUUGCAAUGUCAGAGAAAAUAUACCACGUUUGCUACCUUUUAUGUUUUUGAAAAAUGUAAUUGAAAGCAUUAUUAUUAAGAAAUAUAAAUUUAAUGUUUCUUAAAAUUGUCAGCCCUAAAUGCCGAAGGAGCCUCAAAAGUUUGAAUAAUACACCAUCACUUGCUUAAUUAUUUAGUAUAUAUUUUCUUAUAUGCAAUGUCAGUUAAGCUGACAAACAGUAACAUGUCGACUAUAACUUUUUCCAUAUGUGUCCGUCUUGUGCCAUUCAAAGUUAAGCUAUUAAUUUCUGCGUUAGCUUUUUUAACGAAAUCACGUAAUGUAUAUUCUAAUAUGACUAGCAAUGCUUGUUAUUUAGCGCCAUUAAAUAGCGCUUAAAUUUGAUCAAAUAUUUUAUUCAAGGAUUAGGAGUAUAUUAUCAAAACACAGAAAUAUUUUAUAAAUAAAAGUCAUCUUUAUCAACAAUAUAUCCCCCCCCCCCCCAUCCCCCUUUUAAAAAUGGAUGCCAUUUGUAAAGAUAUGAAAUAACCAAUUGUUCAAAACUAUUUCACCUUGUUAUGUGAAAUUUCAAUACUGGGAUAUUAUUGCAAAUGCAUAGAAAAUAAAAUAUGUAACAGUUCUUUGAAAAUUACGAGAUUUUAAAUGCGCUAAACUGUCCGGAAGUGUGGCCUUUUUGUGCAGUCCUUUUCCGAAAUUCAAUGUUUAUAUCAGUAUACUGACACUUGUUUUGUAGAGUAAUAUACAUGUUUUAUAUGCUGUUCAAUUUUCUUGUGAAUAAAACGCUUUCUUUCUA